AAUAUGGCGGACAAUUUUGAAUCUCUAACAUUGGGAAUUGAUAUUGGAACAACUAGUAUAAAAACUGUUGUUAUGUCUAGUGAAGAGGUUAUUGCAAGAAAUACUGUUGAGCACUGUGCUGAAAUUAUUUUGCAAGAAAAUGGGACCAACUGGCGCGAACAAGACGUGCAGAAGUUGUUUGUGGCCAUAGACAAGUGCAUCAAAUUGCUACCGAAAGACAAGAGCAGGCUGGUAAAAGAUAUUGUUGUUUGUGGACAAAUGCAUGGGUGCGUAUUAUGGAACAAGGAAUUUACGACAAGCGGUACAAAUAUUGAAAAUCUAGUCAAGGAGAAUUUUAUUCAAAAUGAAAAACUUCAGAUAUCAUCUUUAUUCACCUGGGAAGACAAACGUUGUUCGACAGAAUUUUUAAGUUCGCUGCCAAAGUCAAGUUUAUCGCUGUAUUCAGGCUUUGGUUGUGCGACUCUUUUCUGGUUACAAAGACACCAGCCUGAUUUCGUCAGUCAAUUUGACAGUGCAGGCACCAUUAUGGAUCUUGUUGUAUCUUACCUUUGUUCUUCCAAUGGAGUUUAUAUCUCUACACAGAAUGCUUGUAGUUGGGGCUAUUAUGAUAUUGAAAAGCAGGAAUGGGAGAUUGAAAAACUACAAGCAGCAAAUUUCCCAGUUCAUCUUUUACCUACCAUUUGCCCACCAGGAUAUAUUGUUGGUCAUCUGUCACACACCUGGGAAAAUAUUCAGCCAAAUGCUACAGUCAGAGUUGCCCUCGGAGAUAUGCAAUGUUCCAUUUUAGCUACUAAUGCUGGAUCUACAGAUGCUGUUCUUAACAUUGGCACCUCAGCACAACUAUCAGUGAUCAUUAAUGAGAGCAGAAAGGAUGAGGUCUCAAAUGACAUAUCACUCUACCCAGCCUUGCAUAUCUUACCAUACUUCAACAGUUGCUAUUUAGUUGUCGCAGCUGCACUGUCAGGAGGAAAUGUUUUGGCUUAUUUCGUAAAAACACUGAAAAGUUGGUUACAUGAUCUGGGAUAUGAUCCGCCGCCAGACAGCUACAUUUACCAACGACUCUUCACAUGUGGUGUUCAAGAUAGACAUGUUCCUAAACUUACAAUACAUCCAGUACUUUGGGGAGAGCGCCAUGAUCCAGAGCAAAAAGCCUUUGUUAAAGAUAUCUUGCCUGGUUCUUUGUCCCUUGGGAAUAUUUAUAAUUCGAUAUGCUUUGGUCUUUUGGUCAACAUCCAUUCAAUGAUUGACCAGUUUCUUACGAAAUAUAAAGUGACCAAACUUGUAGGAACUGGUAAUGCAUUACUUCAAAACAAAAUGAUACAGGAAAAUGUUCGGGAAAUCUUUCGUAAGGAUUUUGAAACAUGUGAAAUUGCAGAUGCAGCGAUGGGCGCAGCCAUGUCGAUUAAUAAAUGUUCUACGUGAAUAGUCGUAAACAAUUCACGAAGUUAGAAAUUCACGAAGAAGAAAAGAAAAACAUUUUACACAACUCACAAGCUUUGCACUCGAGGUUAGGUCUCUGAUCUAAGUUUAAAUGAAUGGUGAUUAUGGUGCCCCCAAUAUUUGUAAAUCAAUGGUUCGAAUCCUGCAAAAACUUUUUUUUUUCAUUAAGACCUUGAAAAUGAUUAGGUAAAAUAAAUAAUCGCUCUUGCUCAGCACACGUUCUUGUGGUAACUAAGAAGAGAAUUAAAUAAAAUAAAUGAGUGCAGCAAAAUAUCUCGUGGUCUUGUGGCGAAGACAAUUAUUCUGACAGCUAGUGGCAAGCGAUGGUUCGAAUCCAAGCAUUAACUCUUUU